GUCCCGGCUCCCGCUGCCGCCGCCGCGCCGUGCCCGGGGACUGCCGGCGCUCGCACCGCUGCCUCUCACCGCGGGCCCGUGCCCGGGCAGCCGAUCGCCGUCGCGCCGCUCCCCCGCCCGGCUCCAGCUAUGUCCAAGCCGCCCCCUAAACCGGCCAAGCCAGGCCAGGUUAAAGUAUUCAGGGCCCUGUAUACGUUUGAGCCCAGAACGCCAGAUGAGCUGUACUUUGAAGAAGGAGAUAUCAUUUACAUCUCGGACAUGAGUGAUACAAAUUGGUGGAAAGGAACUUGCAAAGGGAGAACUGGACUAAUUCCAAGCAACUAUGUGGCAGAGCAAGCAGAGUCUAUUGAUAAUCCACUGCAUGAAGCUGCUAAACGAGGCAACCUGAGCUGGUUGAGAGAGUGUUUGGAUAAUCGAGUUGGUGUCAAUGGCUUAGACAAAGCUGGAAACACAGCUCUGUAUUGGGCAUGCCAUGGAGGCCAUAAAGAUGUCGUAGAUGUCCUGCUUACCCAGGCAAACCUAGAGUUAAACCAACAGAACAAAUUGGGAGACACAGCUUUGCAUGCUGCUGCAUGGAAAGGUUAUGCAGAUAUUGUAGAGAUGCUGCUGGAAAAGGGGGCAAGAACAGACCUGAAAAACAACGAGAAGAAACUGGCUUUAGAUAUGGCAACAAAUGCAGCUUGUGCUUCCUUGCUCAAGAAGAAACAGAGUGCAGGUACUGUCCGAACAUUGAGUAAUGCAGAGGAAUACCUUGAUGACGAAGACUCCGAUUAGCUUUUUUAACUUAGCGUGUAAAGCUAUAACUUGCAUUGUCUCUGUCAUUUUCAAAACAUAUCUUCACAACCAUAAAAAUAUCUCACUUAGAGUAUCGCAGUAUAGCAUAUAAAUGAGAGGGUGAAAUCAUGCUUUGCCAAGGAGUAAUCUUAAUAGCCAGAAGAUGUCACAUUUUAAAUCAGUUCCUUUUUUGGAAUUAUCACAGAGAAAGUGUGGCACACCAUUAUCACUGAAUGGGCAGAGGACCAUCUUCUAAACUCACAGGUUUCAUCUCAGGCCUUCCUAGCAAGUGCCUUGUUUCUCUGGAGUACUGAAAGCUCCUUGUGGGACAGCAGGACACCACUGUUAACAUUUCCCCAAAUCUCCCUGGGUAUAUUUUCCUUUGUGCAGCUAAUGCUGACAGUCCAUACUGGCUGGCAGGCAUAAAUGGAGAUGCUGCUGUCGAGACGGGCCAUUGUUUGCCUUCAUGGAGGACAGCAUUACAUGGUUUGAGUUUUAAUUUUGGUAAAAUUUUUUUCCUUUCCUUUCUCUAGCCCUCUAAGUGAGGCGCAAAAUGACCUGAGACAAUCUGCCUCAGGAAUGCUUUGUCUUCUCUAUUGCUGUGGGCAAAAUCCCUGAAAUGUUAAGCAAGUGAAAUGCUUGCUGAAGUCAGGUUUGCUUUCAAAAUUCACUUGGACUUUGUGGCUUGAUUAUUUUGCUUUUUGAAGUGUAUUAUGCUGAAACUAUUUGUAGUGAAAGUAAGA